AGUUUUGUUUCCCUUUUGACUGCAGAAAAUCCCAUGUUAUUUGAACUCAGAAGAACCUUUGCCUGAUGAAAAGAAAGAGGCGAAACCCAGAUGAGAACCAGAAUGAGUGUUGUGGUGUCUGGCUGGAUACGUCGGCGCUCAAAAGAUGUAAAAUACAGAACCUAAUGGGGAAGCCAAGGCUAAGAAUACUGACCCGGCUCCCUUCUUAUUCUCCUCCUUCAAAAGCACCUCUUCCGUGCACGAAGCAAACGACUAUUUCUACCUUCGUCAGAGCUCAACAAACAGGGGAGAGAGAAAUCAACACAAAUGGAGAAUUGCUUGCUGCUGCAUCGAACAGUGCUUCUCAUUUGAAAGACCACGAGUGGCCAGCUGGGGAACCAACUCCGUUGCCAGAUUCUCUGAUUCAAGCAGGAGUCACGCAAGAAUGCAAACAACACAUUGCAGAGAAACCACAACUUAUUUCUCCUUGGAAUCUUGCUCCGACUGAAGCUCAGCGCAACAGUUGUGUAGUCGGUUAUGCGAAAGGAAAAAAAUCUGCUGCACAAAGUGGGGACCCUCUCUCCGUAAACUUCAGUCAGCACCAAGAAGAGAAAGGGACUCCCGUGAAGAUAAACAGCUUCGUUCUCACAGAGCCUCCUCUCACAAUGAAUUUACACAAGAGCUUCACACAGCAGGAAACCUUGUCUAAGUUGCCUCUAAGGGAGAAAAAUGAUGGCUGGGAAAAAGAGAAAACAAGCACUUCAGCUUCUCAGAGUAGCCCAAACCCGAAGGCAGUUUCAUACAAAACUAAGGAUCGGAGAAAAUAUAACCCAACGUCCUUCGUGGAAUCCUCCGACUCUGAGAAUAUAGAUCCUCAGCUGGAGAAAAGUAUGACCACCAUCAGGCCUAUGAAGAAUGUCAGUAAAAUUACACCUGGAUUCAGUUUGGAAAGUAAUUACGAAAUUUCUAAUUAUAAGUAUGGGAACAGUGAAGAUGCGACGAGACCUUUGUUCACUCAAGACUCAGAUGGACACAAAGUCAUUUCUCACCGCCGUUUUCGUGAACCAUCUCAGUUGUCUUUCCAAAGGAAGUCUCAACGGGGCAAAAGUGGUUCAGGUGAGAGCCAAUCCCCUAAGGAUCGCUUUGGGGCUUGUUACUCUGUGGAGAAAAGGCCCCACAUCCCUGUCGUAGCCAACAUUAGCCAGCAACCAUGCUACGACUUGCUAUUCACAGAGGAUUCAGAAGGCAAUAAAGUCAUUAAGCACUAACUCAUAAUCUCCGUGAGAAUACAAGAAAAGGCUUAAAGGCGCACUGUAUUUAUGUCGGCUACAGCUAUAAGGUCAAGCCAUUUUUGCAAACUACGACAGAAAGUACUACUUUCAUGGUCCAGAAGCCUAAUCCUCCCGCUGCAGAAAAUGCAGUUGUAUCCAUUAGUAUAAGUAUGUAAUACAUUUCUGUGAUAUGUUUGUAAUACAAGUUUUAUUCCUAUUUCUUAGACUGAUUUUUCUUUCUUGGGAGGCCUGAGUCCUACCUUCUGGAUUUUUAUUUCCUACCAGGUGGACUAGAAGUGUAGUAAGUUAUACUCUCUAAUAGAAACUAAUGACUGAGUGAAGAUGUUGAGAAUGUGUAUUAAAAUAAAUCAUGAGCUACUAACAA